CUUUUUGGUACCCCUGCUCUAUAUAUAUUGGGCUUAAAGAGCACCAGCAGUAGUAGUAGGUGAGUGAAAAUGAAAAUAUAAAAGGCAGGCCUUCCAUUCAAGUUUUUCACAUCAAUAGCCACUUGUAUCAUCAUCUCACCUUCUCCUUAGACUCAGCUCUUUCUCCUUCUGUUAUUCAAAUUUGGAAGGUAUUCUUUUCUCUUCUAUGUGGAUGAUCAAAAGUUUCUUUGUGGCAGUCACUCUAUAAAAUACAUUCACAAGUUUUAUUUUUGGUCAACAUUAGUUCUUGAUUAUACAAAAGAUGACUAUGAAGAAAGGAACAUGGAAAUGCAUAAUCUUGAGCUGUUACAAGACUGAACCCCUGCCUGAAUCUGAAAAUCAGGCCUUAAAACAUACUUCUUUUCGGAGGCGAUCCCUGUCAGAAGUGAGUAAUCCUAGUUCACCACUCUCCAUUGAGGAUCUUUCAAACUCUUUCGCAGGUCCGAAACUGCAUAUUUUCGCAUUUGCAGAAUUAAGAACCAUAACGCAGAGUUUCUCAAGGAGUAACCUGCUCGGUGAAGGUGGGUUCGGACCUGUGUAUAAAGGGUUUGUCGAUGAUAAGCUUAGGCCUGGAUUGGCGGCUCAACCUGUAGCUGUGAAGUCUCUUGACCUGGAUGGAUUGCAGGGCCACAAGGAGUGGAUGGCAGAAAUAAUCUUUCUUGGACAGCUGAGACAUCAACAUCUGGUUAAAUUGAUUGGAUAUUGUAGUGAGGAGGACCAAAGACUAUUGGUAUAUGAGUACAUGCCAAGAGGCAGCUUAGAAAAUCAACUCUUCAGAAGGUAUUCAGCUGCGUUGCCAUGGUCGGCUAGGAUGAAAAUUGCAUUAGGUGCAGCUAAGGGUCUGGCCUUCCUUCAUGAAACUGAUCCACCGGUGAUAUACCGAGACUUCAAGUCUUCAAAUAUCCUUUUAGACUCUGAUUACAUUGCAAAACUCUCAGACUUUGGACUUGCAAAGGAUGGUCCUGAUGGAGAAGAGACACAUGUAACAACCCGAGUAAUGGGAACGCAAGGUUAUGCUGCCCCUGAGUAUGUCAUGACUGGUCACCUAACAACAAUGAGUGAUGUAUACAGCUUUGGUGUAGUUCUGAUAGAGUUGUUAACCGGUAGACGUUCAAUGGAUGACACCCGCCCAGGUCGAGACCAGAAUAUUGUAGAAUGGGCAAGACCAUUAUUAAAGGAUCUAAACAAGCUAGACAGGAUUAUAGAUCCAAGACUUGAAGGACAAUAUUCAAGCAGUGGAGCUCAAAAGGCAGCUGCAUUAGCUUACAAAUGUCUCAGCCAUCAUCCAAAACCUAGACCCACUAUGAGUUAUGUAGUAAAGGUCUUGGAAUCCCUUCAGGACUUUGAUGACACAUUUUUAGCACCAUUUGUAUACAUAGUUCCAAAUGAAAAUGGCAGCAAGAAAUGUUUUGGGAGGGAGGAAGGAAUUAAAAGUGAAGGAGCAAAGGAUGCUAGUGAAGAAAUUGGACAUCAUAGAACCAGUCAUAGGCAUCCCCGCGGUUGGAGACAUCGGAUCAAACUGCCUGUGUCUCGAAUCGGUUAUUCGGAUUCUGCUGUUUAUGAGAAUAUUGAAAAUGGUUUUAGCUCUCCUGAAAAUCCUGGAAAUUAGUAGGAGGUACAGACAAUACAAAUACAAGUAUAUAACAAUGAAUACCAUAUAUACAUAUAUAUUUUGGUGUGUAUUUUACAAGAAAAGAAUUACAGAAGGAGCAAUGCUUAAAUUUCUGGAAAACCUGCAUUGCACUUAAAGUUCAGAUUCCUGCAAAGGAAAAUAUGAACUGAAAUUAUGUAUCGUGAUGUAACCAAAGAAAAAAUGGAAAAGAAACAAGGAAAAGAAUUGCCAUUUUUCUUGGUGAGGUAA